AAUGCCUACAAAAUUGAUCAAUUAAUUUGUAAAUUCGGUGAUAAUUGUCGCAUAAAUUGGUUAAAUCGGAAACAUUGCAAGAAAUGUCGGCUUAUUAAGUGUAUUUCAAUGGGAAUGAGAAAGGAAUGGAUUCUAAACGCAAAGGAAAGAGAGGAAAGGCAACAGAAAGUCGAGAAGAACCGCACGAAACUGCGGGAACGGGAGGUUAAGAAAUCGCUUCAGUUGUACCAUAAGUGGGAACCAUCACCAGAAAUCUCAUCCAUGUCCACAAACUCAGGACCAAACACUUGUGACACCACUAACAGAGAUGAUAUACAUGACUCAACCUACCAAUUGACUGUGGAAUUGGAGUUUAAUAACAUACCCAGAGAUAAUACUGGUAAGAAUUCAAUGAUCAUAUCACUGGAUUUAAUGGAGCAAAUGAGACCAGCAAUGUCCAGUUUGAUGGGUCAUUAUAUACGCAAAUUUGAUAUUGAAUUUAAUCGCGACCGAAAUAUUUUGGACUUGUUAUGGACUAUAAUACUUUUCAACGCCGACCGGCGAUUAGAAUAA